AUGAGAGAGCUGAAGUCUAUAAUCCGACAAGGCUGGCCAGAGGUGAAGGAUGACGUUCCUGUGAGCAUCAGAGAUUACUACUCUUUUAGAGAUGAGUUGUCACUACAAAACGGCCUGGUCUUCAAAGGAGAGAGGUUAGUCAUACCCAAUAGUUCCAGAGUAGAAAUGUUGGCUAAGAUACAUGCCAGUCACAUAGGGAUCCAGGGAUGUCUCCGUAGGGCUAGAGAAGUUCUAUACUGGCCUAGAAUGAAUAAAGAAGUAGAAGAGUAUGUUGCCAAAUGUAAGAUUUGCCACAGUCACUUAUCAGAGCAAGGCAAAGAGCCAAUCAUAUGCCAUGAAAUCCCCAACCGCCCAUGGGAGAAAGUAGGCAUAGACCUGUUUGAACUGAAUGGGAAAGACUUUGUACUAACAGUUGAUUACUAUUCAGGCUUCUUUAAGGUUGACAGGUUGGAAGGCAAGACUGCGAAAGAAUUGAUGAGGAAGAUCAAACCACAUUUGGCCAGACAUGGUAUUCCAGACCAGAUUAUGAGUGACAAUGGCCCGCCAUUCGACUCGCAUGAGUUUAGACAGUUUACAAACAGUUAUGGAAUUGAACAUGUGACCAGCUCCCCAGGCUAUGCCCAAUCCAAUGGAAGAGUAGAGAAUGCAAUCAAGACGGCAAAGAAUCUGAUGAAGAAAGCCACAGAAUCAAACAAAGACCCGUACUUGGCUCUACUGGAUUGGCGGAAUACACCAAGCGAAACAGUUGGUUAUUCACCAGUUCAAAGAUUGUUCAAUAGGAGAACCAAGACACUCCUACCAACUUCCAGCAGACUCUUGAAACCAUCAGUGCCCAGAGAUGUACGCCAGAAGCUCACGCUACAAAAGGCAAGGCAAAGCCUGAAUUACAACCGUGGAGAAAAGGAGUUAGAAGAGCUGAAACAAGGAGAUGUUGUGCGUCUACAACCUACAAAGACAGUAGGAAGGGCCAAGCAAUGGAAGCAAGCAAGAGUUGAAGGAAAAGUUGAUAUUUGA